UUUGUUUGAAGGGAAACUUAACGGAAGAAGAAGCGACCCAUGAGUCCGAUAAGGCGGAAAAAUCAAUAAUAGUUGUACAUUUUUGUCUUUAUGUUGAUUGAUUUAGAUCAAACCCCCCCAUUGGAUUUGCAGAUUUCGAGUUUCGGAUCACAUAGUUCAGUUGGUCUCAUAUUUGUAUGAUCUCGAAUGGCGGUUGCGGCCUUCAAAUCCUCAUCAAGAAGAGGGAAUCUUACGACGACUACUACACACUCUGCCGGGAGAGAAAGCUCGGACAAAGAGAAUCCACCAAAGAAAGCCCCAAUACGAAGAUCGAGGAGCGUCAGUGCUUUUCCGAGGAGGACCAAUUCCGAGAUUCCCUCCACCUCCGACGAUUUCUUGAAUAAGAGAGAUAACCCUCUCUUCUGGAGCGGUGGUUCUGGCUCGUUGAUUGAAUCCCCGACUACGAAUACUAAUGCGAAUGCGGACACAGUUGCUGUGAGCCAUGGCGGUGUGGAUAACAGGAGGGGGCGCUCGGUUGCGAGGACUGCAGGUGUUGGGAGUAACAAAGGUCCGGGAAGUGGGAAGGAGACCGCUCGGAGUCUGUCGAGGGUCUAUACGGGCCGCCGCGACCGGUCGGUGUCGAGGCAGCAUUUUGCGACUUCUGAGAGUGAAGCUGAGAACGACCGUGGUUUAUCAGAGGAUUUCAAGAUCCGGAGUGACCGGAAUGUAGUCUCCAGUAAUGCGAAAAAAGGCGGCUUAGUAAGAGGUGGUUCUGAUAUAUGGUCUGGUCAGAGUGAAGCUGAGCCUUCGGACGGUUUCGCUACAACUUUGUCCUGUUGGCAAACUCCUACAAAUGAACGUGUGUCUGUGGCGAGUUCUUUAUCUGAAGCUGAAGAUAAAAUCAUUAAGCCAGUUUGUGAACAGAUGAAGUCAGUCCAAGGGGAUAAUGUGGAGUGUGAUUCUUCUGGUGGUGGCAUACAUGAAACUGUUCGUGCUGAAGUGAGGCGUGCUAUCUCUGAAAUUCAAAAUGACCUUGAAAUUGCUAUCCGAAGGAAUAAUGCUACUGAUAUUUCAACUACCAAUGUAGUUGAUAUCACUCCUGACUUGGUAAACCCAGGUGCAGUUGAAUUGGUUCUGAAUUACAGAAGAGAAUAUGCCAAAAAGCUUGAGCAGUCCCUGGAACGGGCUAGAAAACUUCAAGCAGACUUGGCUGUUGAGGAGCACCGUGGACAUGAGCUGAGUAGAAUUCUGAAGGAAGUACUGCCAGAUCCUAAGACCCCUAGUGUGCAGAAGUCUCGUCCAGGAAGAAAAUCUAGCAUUGAAAGAAGAAAGAUGUCCAAACGUCUAGAAGAAGAAGCCCUGGCUUAUUUCGACGAGUGCAUCUCACUGUCAACAUUUGACAGUUCUGACUUCUCAUCACCCGAGGACCCACCUCUUGAUCUUGCUACCCCGGUAGGUAACGGCAUAUCUCUACCCCAGGAUUCAUACAUGCAAGGGCAGAUGAUGAAUGGCCAUGAUGUACCAGGACUAACAGCCGGCACCAGCAGUAGUAAGGAGCCCAACUUAGAUCUAGCUAGUCCAAACAGUGUCAUUGCAGAACGGAGUUGGAAAUUUCAGUUCUCCGUUGCUGGAAAGACAGCCGAAACUGUUGAGCUUCAACAGGACAUCCGAAAGUACAUAAGAAAUUUUGAGAAACAUGACUUUGACUCGAAGAUAGCAAGAUCAAACCGUUACGACGUAGAUGAAUACAAUCUGCAGGCCUCAAAAGAAAGCUUGUUGUGUGAUAGGGUCAAGUUAAAAAACAGAAUCGAGUCUGGUGGUUUUCUUUUGUGUGGUGGUGGUAUCAAAAUUUCAUGUUCUCCGUUUGCUUCUAUCACCUGAAUGCUGUGGUUGUGGGAAGUUGGGGUGUCGGCUCGAUCAACUUUUGCACAGCCUGGCCGGACAAUGUAUCUAACUUGAAACUUCUUUCAUGUUUAAUACAGAGAUUUCGAACCCAAUGUUUGUCCUCAUCGAUCGAGAUUUAGCCACUUGAGAUCCGUUUUUUCUUUCUUCAUGGCAACAAAUGGUUUGAGGCCGACACAGUGGGGGAUCCGCCAUUAUUUUUCUUCAUAGCCACUUAAGCAUUGGCUUGAUCUACUUUCUUUUUCUUUUCUUCUUUCUUCUUCUUCUUUAUUUUUUAUUUUUUAUUUUUUCUAGUCCUUCCUUUUGUCCAUCUUACCAUAAUCAAUGAUUAUGUCAAUGAAAUACAUCAGGGCUUCUCCAUCGAAA